AUGGCCGAUCGUAUGGAAGUCGAUGAGCCAAGGGGCACUAAGCGGAAAGAUCCUCCAUCGUCAACAGAAGACAACAUCCCGCGUCGCAUUCAAGCAAGUCUUUCCGCACCAGCUUUGGAUCCAGAUGUUGUUAACAAGAUUGCCGCUGGAGAGAUUAUUGUAGCACCUGUUCACGCUCUCAAGGAGUUGAUUGAAAACGCUGUUGAUGCCGGCGCUACGUCACUGGAAGUUCUUGUCAAAGAUGGCGGCUUAAAGCUGCUGCAGAUCACAGAUAAUGGCCAUGGCAUCGAUAAAGAAGACCUCCCAAUUCUUUGUGAGAGAUUUACCACCUCUAAACUCAAGAAGUUCGAAGAUUUGAGCAGUAUUUGCACCUAUGGGUUUCGAGGCGAGGCCUUAGCAAGCAUUAGCCACAUUGCCCACUUGACAGUCACAACGAAGACCAAGGAUUCAAGUUGUGCUUGGCGCGCUCACUAUGACAGCGGCAAGCUGUCGCCAGCCAAACCCGGGCAAUCGCCUGACCCCAAACCAACUGCAGGACGAGGAGGCACACAAAUAUCUGUCGAGGAUUUGUUCUACAAUGUGCCAACUCGACGCAGGGCUUUCCGAUCCCCAUCUGAUGAAUACAACAAGAUAAUUGACAUGGUUGGGCGAUAUUCCAUCCACUGCGCUGGGGUUGCCUUCUCGUGUAAGAAACAUGGUGAUGCCGGCACUUCUAUUUCCGUGCAAUCACAAGCUUCGACUCUAGAUCGGAUCCGUCAAAUCCACGGUGGUAAUGUAGCUAACGAGCUCAUUGAAUUUUCCGCAGCGGAUGAUCGGUGGGGAUUCAAGGCAUCUGGUUGGGCUACAAACGCAAACUAUCACAUCAAGAAGACGACCCUGUUGUUAUUCAUCAAUAAUCGCAGUGUGGAGUCCUCGAAUAUCAAGAAGGCCGUAGAGCAGACAUACUCCGCUUUCCUCCCGAAGAGCGGGCACCCGUUCGUCUAUCUCAGCCUUGAGAUCGAUCCUCAAAGAGUUGAUGUCAACGUCCAUCCUACUAAACGAGAAGUUAACUUCCUCAACGAGGACGAAAUCAUACAAUGCGUCUGCGAAACGAUUCGAGAGAAGCUAGCAGCAGUGGACACAAGCCGGACCUUCAUGACUCAAACUCUACUUCCGGGUACUCUCCUUCCAGGCGGUACUUCUCAGGAUAUUGACAAUUCCUCGUCCAAGACUCCGACCACUUCUCGGAAGACGCCUGCACGCCCCUAUGAAAAUAACCUUGUGCGAACAGAUUCUUCACUUCGCAAGAUUACUAGCAUGUUCCCUAGUGCUGACAAAACUUCGGGGUCUAGCACCACAGCUGACAGUAACACGUCGAACGUCGGACUCGAGCCACAAUAUGAGGUUACGGAUCGAGAGUCGACGUACUGUCGCCUGACCAGCAUACGGGACCUUCGCACGGACGUGCGAGAUGACAUGCAUCACGAGCUAACAGAGAUUGUUGCUAACCAUACGUUCGUCGGUAUCGUUGAUGAAAAACGACGGCUUGCUGCCAUUCAAGGCGGCGUUAAACUCUUUCUAGUAGACUAUGGUCGAGCGUGCUUCGAAUACUUCUACCAAAUCGGCCUGACAGAUUUCGGGAACUUUGGCGUUAUAAAAUUUCAGCCGGCGCUGGACCUACGUGAGGUCUUACAGAUUGCGGCUGAGCAAGAGAAGACAGCCGAGAAAGAUGGCACAUCGGUUGAUGAUGACGACUUCGACGUUGCAGAGGUUGUGGAGAAAGUAACCGCGCAGCUAAUUGAGAGACGCCAGAUGCUGCUCGAAUACUUUAGUCUUGAGGUUACACCCGCGGGCGAGCUUCUCAGCAUCCCGCUGCUUGUAAAGGGGUAUGCGCCGUCUAUGGCCAAGCUUCCGCAGUUCCUGCUCCGGCUAGGUCCCUACGUUAACUGGACGGAGGAAAAAGCAUGCUUUGAAUCCUUUCUAAGAGAGCUCGCUACAUACUACGUACCCGAGCAGCUACCGCCACUCCCUGGGAACGACCAGGUAGAAGAGAAUGUGCCUGAUGAAAUCAAAGCGAGAAGAGCACAUGUCCGCCGAGCCGUCGAACAUGUCUUCUUCCCGGCUUUCAAGGCGAGGCUUGUGGCGACCAAGUCAUUCAUGAAAGGCGGCGUGUUAGAGCUGGCUAAUCUAAAAGGUUUGUACAGAGUAUUUGAAAGAUGUUAAUGGGGCACUUGGAGCUUGUGUAUGCCUAUGUUGCUGAAUUAAGAACGGUAUCUAGGUAGCUUUAGCGUAGCUCCGAGCAAACCCAAUGCGGAUCACAUACUACAGUAUUCGAGCCCGCUGCGCCAUCGGCCGUUUUGUAGAUUAAUUACUCUGUACAGACAGUCAUACGUGAACAAUGCCUACGUUUCUAUUCAUGAUCAUAGAUAAGAUGAGUCGCUAGAGGCUUAUUCACUCUCGACACAAGCGAGAACGCUGCAUACUCGUUUAGACGUGACGAAGGACAGCAAAG